AUGAUUAUCGAAUUCAUCCGCAACCUCUCCGAAAAAAGCGCUGCUGAUACUGAAAUAUCCAGCGACCUGGAAAGAGACGGUAGCUACACAUAUCAUGAGCACUGUGAGAAAUGCAGCUCCGUGAGCAAGAGGAACGGCAUAUACGCCAGCUUGUGGAACAUUUUUGUUGCAAUUAGCUUCUGGCUGUUAGUGGCCCUCGUGCUAGGCAUCUGGCUCCGACAACACGCUGCAUCUUCACGGGCCUUGGUUCCCCAUAAUAUAGCUAGUCGACUGCGGACCACUCUGUUCAUGCCAGAUGAGCGUUUCAACCCUGGGAAUCAGACUGAGGCCAGCGAUGAGGCGUGGGCGGAGAUGCAUUUAAGGCUCGUGAUGAUUGAGAAAUCAGACUAUUACGGGCUCUCUCCUUCCAUUGGUGGAAAGGUAGAAGGCAGCCGGGUAUAUGCGGUCGCGGCUUUCCAUCAACUGCAUUGCUUGUGA